AUGGUUCCGAAAACAAAUUGUUUCCGAUUAGAUCUCUCACUUGCAUUGUGGUUAUGUUUUGUUUUCUCAGCGAUCCGAGAGAGAGAAAGAGAAGAAGUCUUUGAUCAGUGUUUGAGGAUCUGCAAAGAGUAUACGUCUCAGGAUUUGUUACAGUUAGACCCGUUCCUCAAUGAACUGACGAGUAUGUUUGAGAAAAGCAAAGAGAAAGGUUCUGUUUGGGUUACUUUGAAAAGAUCAUCUUUGAAGUCUAAGCUGCAGAAGAGGAAACUGAGCGCGGCUGGAGAAUCUAUAGAGUAUAGAUGCCUUAUUCGAGCUACUGAUGCUAAGAAAACCAUCUCUACUUCGGUUGGGGCUAAGGAUCAUCUGAGAUUUCAAGCAUCAUAUGCCACCAUUCUUAAGGCUCACAUGACUGCUUUGAAGAAGAGGGAGAGAAAAGACCGUAAGAAAUCCACUGAGGCAGAGAAGAAAGAAGCCACUUCAACCACUACUACUAAACCCAAGAAACUUUGA